AUGAAUAAAUCUGGAAAGCUCUAUGGAAAGAAAUUGUGCAAUGAAGACUGCAAUUUUAAAGAGUUGAUCCAAGAGAACAAAUACAACACAUAUGCAUCUGCCCAGUGGACACAUAAUGGGAGAGAGAUGUUUGUUGCAUUGAACAAUAAAGGGUCUCCAAUUAAGGGAAAGAAAUCCAAGAAAGAAAACAAAAGUUCCCACUUCCUUCCAGUGCACAUGUCCUAA